AUGCUAUUUUCUCCUCCGUAUAUAUUCGUGCUUCUUGCCGAGAUUUUUGUUAAUGUUUUAGUUCACGGUCUUUCAUCUACCGACGAAUACAGAGAUGCAGAUCUGCAGCAAACAGGAUACCUACAAGUUCAUACCCCGUUCUUACAAUCUGAUAUAGGAUGUACAGGCACACCUAUCAUUGACCCCGCCACUGAUAUAGCAUAUUUCUUCGCCAAAACUUACAUACCAAAUUAUAGAGUUCCAGGUAACACUGGGACGGCAAAUGGCGUCUACUACUUUCAUGCGGUCAAUAUUAGUACUUUACUUGACGUAUUUCCACCAAUACUUAUCGACGGUGCAAUUGCGGAUAAUGCCCCCCAAAAGUAUUUCAUUGGGGGAGUGAUUCUACAACGUCCUUCAUUGACACAGGUUGGCAGUGUGGUAUAUGGCUCUUUCGGGGGCCAUUGUGAUCUCUUCAAUUACACUGGUCUUGUGAUGGGCAUCGACAUCAAUAAAGCCAAGAUCAUCACCAACUGGGCAGUUGAAAGUGGACCAUUAGUUCCGCAAACAAAUGUUUUACUUCAAGGAGGAGGAGGUGGAGAAGGUGGGAUAUGGAUGAGUGGAAUGGGAUUGGCGACUGAUGGAGCUAGGAUUUUUCUUGUAACCGGGAAUGGUGGUGCCCAUCAAAAUCAAGGGACUCCAGCUUCUGGUUCGAGUGGGUGUCAAACUUUAGGGGAAGCAACUAUCAAUCUAGCCUUGGAUAACACCGGGGUAAUUUCUGUGUCGGAUUAUUUUCAACCUUAUGACUAUCAAAACAUGGAUGCUGGUGAUCAAGACUUUGGUAGUGGAGGCAUUGUUCUGCUUGAUCGGACAGUUUUCAAAGGCACAGGUGUGGAUAAAAUGGCCGUCACUGCUGGCAAAAAUGGGAAAAUCUACAUUCUCAAUGCGAAUAAUCUUGGCGGAUACAAGCUAGGCCCAGGGCAGACUGACAAUAUCUUGCAAACUAUUGUCACAAACGCAGCCGUUUUUGGUGCCUGCGGCUCUUAUCCUCUCGAGGGUGGUUUCAUUUACUGUACCCCUGUCGGCUUAGCAACAUCAGUCUAUCAGCUCACAUUCACGUCUAGCGGUAUCCCCCAAUUCUCUAAGAUUGGUCAAACUAAUGAGAUAUCUGCAGGUCGCGUUGGUGUGGGAAUUCCAACCAUUACUAGCUUCAAUAAUCAAAUUGGCACGGCCAUCCUUUGGAUGACAGAUCCUGAUGCUGGGCUCCGUGCAUGGUAUGCUGUUCCUCAAAAUGGUGUUUUACAGAAAAUAAAGAUACCGCAAAUUGGAGGUGCGAACAAAUUCCAGCGCCCGGCUUUCGGAAACGGUCGAGUAUAUACAACAGAUUCAAAUGGCGUUCUUUAUUGUCUCGGAGCACCUGUUAACCUUCCUUUAAAUUGCACUUCUCCAGUUGAUUUCGGGGUUGUAGCCCUUGGAAGUAAGUCGGUUCAGAAUAUUAGUUGUACUGCGAUUAUUGCCAUUACUUCAAUAAAUGGUGCAACUGUUGGGAAUGGAUACUUCUCAGUCAAUAAUUCAACCUUGCCAACCGGACCCUUGAACGCGGGUGCCACAUUCAUAUUUCCCGUCACUUGGGAUUUGACGAAUGUUCAAGUGGGAGCCACGGCAAACACUUCUUUUGGAAAUGUAUCUCCUGGAAUCAAAAGCACCCCCUUGACAAUUUUAACGACAAAUGCAGUAGCUGGCUAUGCUACUCUUUACCCAAUAAGUUUGACUGGUACUGAGGUGUCCUCAAAACCAUUCCUGGCAAUUGCUCCUACCACCGUGGACUACGGCGGAAUUAUCAUCACGAGUACUAGUAAUAUCAAUCCUCAGUCUGCUAUUUUCACGAUAUCGAAUAAAGGAUUAAUGUCCAUGACAAUUACGGGGUAUGCAUACACUGCGGAUGAGUUGGAUGAUAAUCCAGUCUUCAUCAACAGCACCGUGAUAAACGGGACAUGGGACCUGGGGUUUGGAUACUUCACUGCAGUAGGCCUUCCAGCGAUAGGAAGUCAGGUAGCCCCAAGUUCGCAGCUAUCUAUACAAUCCUCUUUUGACCCGACCAAUGGAACUGGAUCGUACAACUCUUACUGGCAAGUCUGGUCAGAUGGAGGUUCAGUCAAUAUCAUUCUUGAGGGUAUUGCCUCCACGGCCCCGAUAACGAAUUUUUCAAUUAGUAAUGGUGAAGGCGGAUGGCUUCCCCAAGCUAAUCUUUUUAUGGACUUCGGAAAAGUAGCACCUGGAAGUUCGUCUUCGCAGCAGAUACGAAUCUGUAAUGUUGGAGGUUCCUCGCUAGAAAUUAGCAAAAGCAAACCACCAAAUGGUGUAUUUCAUAUCAGUGACCCCACUGAACUGCACGAAUCACAACAGAUAGCUGUCAAUGAUUGUGCAUAUGGAACCGUUAUUUUCUCCGCAAACGUGGAAGAAUACAAUAAGCCAGACCUGCUGCUAAAUAACACUUGGACGUUGAAUACAGAUGAUGUUAACUGGGGAGUUCACGUUGUCGAAAUUACUGGCACCGUCAUCUCGAAAAAAGUUGGCCCGAUAAAUUCUACGACUGGACAAACAAUUUAUAAUUACCUCGGAUGUUUUCAAGAAUCCACGACGGGACCACGUCUACUUCCGAAUCAAGGUUACACUCCUAAUGUAACCGUUAAUGAUAAUGAUAUGUGCCAAGAAGCAUGUUACGGACUGGCACAGUACAGCUUUGCUGGUACCGAAUACACGAGCCAAUGUUGGUGUGGAAAUACUCCACCACCACUAGCGGCACAAGAUGUUACUGAUGCGUUGUGCAAUUUUGCUUGCCCCGGCGAUCCUAAUGAUGCUUGCGGUGGGACUGGUUAUAUUUCAGUCUUCUAUAAUCCUACAGAAUAUGUUGCUGGAACUGACCCAGCACUGUAUGGUCCUAAGACAGUCAGCAGUGUUGGUAACUACAAUUAUCUCGGAUGUUACAGUGAAGGGACAAAUGGUCGUGCCUUGGCUGGUUCGAGUCCCCAAGCACCACCUACAGGGUUCACGAUCGAGUUAUGUGCAGCUGGCUGUAAAGGAUUCACAUACUUUGGUAUGGAAUGCUAUUGUGGUGCCACCAUAAACGCAGGAUCUGUUCUUCAGGCUAGCACAAUACCCGCUGUAAAUGGAUGUGAUAUGUUAUGUGCUGGUAACGCAAGUGAAUACUGCGGAGGUAGUUCUAGACUCAAUAUGUACCAACUCAACGGCACUGUUUCGACACCAACACCAGCCCCCACAGGACCUAUUACAGUCACAAAUUUAACAGGAUGGAGUUACCUGGGUUGCUACAAUGAAUCUACAACCGGUCGUGCAUUGAGUGGUCUAGAAAAUCCAAUUCCGGGUGUGAAUAAUAGCGUAGAGGCUUGUUCCGCUGCUUGUGCGGCCUGGAAUUAUUUUGGAGUUGAGUAUGGUGAUGAAUGUUAUUGCGGCAAUGCGAUCAAUACAGGCUCGACAUUACAGGUUGUGGAAAAAUCCUUAGAAGUUUACCUAGUGAAAUACGAAAUGCAUCUUUUUGGAAAUGUGAUAGAGUAUGAGCAAGCAAAAAGACUUCGAUCGAGCGAGGCUUUUGAAGCUAAGGUUUCUCUUUCGAAAGUCUUCGGCUUCAAUGGUACAGCUCAAACUCCCAUCAAGGCUGAAGAUAGUGAGCUGGAAGAAAUUGAUGCUGUCGUAUGGACUCCCUAUCCAAGAUCUAAGUCUACCGAGAAAGGAUUAGGGCAAACGGAAGUCAAGGCUGAAGAUAGUGAGCUAGAAGAAAUUGAUGCAACAGUUUGGUCUUCCUCACGUGCGGGAUCUGCAGCACAAACGCCACGCAAGCGCCCGAGAUCACAUUCUGUGUCUGUGUCCGUGUCCGGGGUUAAAUUGGAAGGAAACGAUGUUCAACUGAAAAUCGAGUCUUCAGACUCUUCAUCCUCAGACGAAAGGCGGAGCGUUUCAAAGCGUAGAAAAUCUUUUUGGGGCAAGAGCAUUCCCUUUGAUAGGAGAGUGCCUCAUCGCACAACUUCUCCUGAGUUUCGACAUGCUGCAGAGUUAAUGGACCAGACAAAAUCUGCUCGCACCCCAACACCAGAUGAUAAAAAUCCUCAUAAUGGAGAAACCGAAUAUGAGCGUGAUUUGGAGAAUAGUGACUUCAGCGAUAUCGAAGACGAUGAAACUAUGCCUUCUGUCGCACCAGGCCCUCUCCCUUCCCAGAAGAGAAGAACCCUGGAGAAGUCCGUGAAGACUUCCGAAGAGUGGUACGCUCGUUACCACCGCAAAAAGGUUAAAUUUCAGAAGAGACGAAAUCACAGAACAUUUGCAAAUGAUGGAGCAGCUUCAAAAAUUCACAAUUUUUUGAACCACGACCCUAUUACUGCCCACAAAGAGAAGCCUGCUGAAGAGCAAAUCACUAACAUCGAAGCAUCUUCGAAAAGGGAUUACUUUGAUCAGGUUCUUAGGAAUAUUCGAACCGAUGGGCGCAUGCACAACUGCAGAGGCGAUAAUACUGCACUUAAGAUUGCUGGCGAGGGUUUUGGCCGGGUCAAUGUGAGGUAUCGGAACGAGAAUACAUGGUGUUUGAAAGGGGUAAAGACAGCUCUAUAUCAUCAUCAACUCCUCUGUGCUAGCUGGAUGUUGGGCCGGGAGUAUGAUCCCGACGGUCCAUCGGGAGGUUUCAACUGCGAUGUGAUGGGUCUUGGUAAAACAUUGGAGAUGCUUGCCACUAUUGUCGGUAGCCCUCGUCCUGAAGGCGCAGAGAUAUCAGAGAUAGGCCCCACUCUUAUCGUGGUUCCCUCCAGUAUUCAGUCCGCACAAUGGGUCUCGGAAAUAGGCAAACAUCUUGCUGAUCGCGGCUUAAAUGUGAUUCUUUAUGCAAAAAGCCAAAAGCUUUCCAAGAACACACUCAUCAAAAGUGAUCUGGUUGUAACUUCUUAUGAUCAGAUGCGAAUGAGUUCGCCAUUUCCACCACCCUGGUGGCUCUUAGACCUAGCAAAAAAGUUGAAGGUGAAAAGCUGCACAUUGGAUGGACGGCAGUCUAUCGAAGAUUGGAUCGAUGACAAUCGCGAACAGUGUGGUGAGGUUUUGCAUAAGAUUAAUUGGUACCGAGUCGUUCUCGAUGAAGCUGUAACCUGCCUGCAACAGCCGAUUGGACAAACUAUUGUCUCGUCUAGUGAUUCGAUUCACCGCGAGUCCCUUAGCUAUCGAGCCACAAAUAAAGAUUCUGGUCACCACGGACCUUUGAUUGGUAAUGAGGUUAUCGAUGUACAUAUAUGUGAAAUUUGCAACCAAGAAGCAGAUGACCCCCGUCAAGUCCGCAAUUAUCGCAAGGAUCGCAAUGGCGAAAAGAGCUGUGACCAUAUCUUUUGCGAAAUUUGCAUAGAGGUUAGCAUUAAUGCACAGGUUGCGAGGACAGAUAAUAUUGAGUGUCCGGCCAAUGGCUGUGGCAGAAAAUUCAACCCCGAUCGCAUGAUAUCACUGGAUUCAUGGUCUACUGGACCUGAGGAGGACACUGGUAUGAAAAAAGGACGAGACAGAGUGGGAUUUUUACCAAGACUGAGUCAGGGUGAAAUGAAGAGUAACGAUCAAGCUCAUAUUCUACGUGAAUUUGAGACAAACCCAAAGUUUACAAUACUUAUAAUUGGCCUCAAGGUUGGUGGAGUGGGCCUGAAUCUCGCGUUUGCCAAUCGCGCGAUUAUGGUUGAUCUCUGGUGGAAUGCAGCGACGGAAUCCCAAGCUAAUGGUCGAAUUUUUCGAAUUGGCCAAGAGAAAGAGACUAAUUUCGCGAGAUUUAUGAUGAGGGAAUCAGUUGAUAUUCGACUGCUUCGUAUGCAAGUUGAGAAAUCAAUUGUCAUUGUUGGAACACUCGAAAGUAAAACCGAAUUAACUUACGCGGAAGCUCUCUCAUUCUUAGGUGAAGUUCAGUGGACCAACGAUAGUCGUCUCAAGAUUAUUGAUGAUCAUGAAAAGCUCGAGGAAUGGCUUGACGACUGGUUGAACAAGCAAAAGAAAGUUUGA